AUGGGCAUAUUUAGAGCCCAACGUGUGGCCCCUACGGGCCUUGUCUCUCAUGAAAGCGUAUCAAGAGAUCCCCCAAGCUCGACUGAUGCCGAGAAAGAUAUUUCCACAGAUGCCAAAGAGUCAACCGUUGCUAGUGUGCGUAUAGACCCUGUACUGGAGAGGAGGGUUGUGCGCAAGAUUGACCUGCACGUCACUCCCCUUGUUACCUUCUUAUUUCUACUUUCGUUCCUUGACCGAUCCAAUAUCGGCAAUGCGCGUCUUGCUGGAAUGGAGGACGACCUCGAUCUGACCAGCAAUCGAUAUGAGUGGUUGUUGACAAUAUUCUACAUCUCAUAUAUUGUGUUCCAAUUCCAGGGUUUCAUGUGGAAGAUAAUGGGAAUCAUUGCAACCUGUCAAGCCGCCACUCAGUCAUGGGGCGGGGAAAUGGCCUUGCGAUUUCUGCUCGGCGCCGCCGAAGCAGGCUUCGGGCCUAGCAUUCCUUACCUGCUCAGUUUCUUCUACCUCAGACACGAGCAUGGCUUUCGUAGCGGGAUCUUCUUCGCGGCAGCUCCUCUCGCCAAUACGUUCGCUGGAGCUCUCGCGUACGGAAUCACGAGUGGUCACCCAGGCAUUGCCAAAUGGAGGCUACUUUUCCUUGUGGAAGGCAUCCCCACCAUCCUGGCUGCUCCUUUGGCCUGGUUCUUCCUCCCUGAUAGCCCGACUACUGCUCGGUUCUUGACUGCAGAAGAAAAGGAGGUUGCUCAGGCGAGAGUCAUCAGGCAGCAUGGUCACCAGGAGGCAGGCAAACACCGUGUCAGGCUCACGGAAGUCGGGCAAACCCUGCUUGACGCCAAAGCAUGGUUUACAGCGUUGAUGUACUUCUCGUGCAAUGUCUCUUACUCGUCCUUACCGGUCUUUUUGCCCACGAUCCUCAAUCAGAUGGGAUUCUCCUCCAUCAACGCACAAGGGCUGUCGGCUCCCCCAUAUUUUGUCUCGGCCAUUGUCACGAUUUCGACAUGUUGGAUUGCGGACCGAAGUCAACAACGCGGACUCAUGAUUGCCUUUCUAAGUUGUGUGGGCGGGAUCGGUUAUAUCCUCCUGGCAACGUGCACAGCGGUAGCCCCGAGGUACUUCGGAACGUUUCUCUGUGCGUCCGGGGUGUUUCCCGCCAUUGCCAACAUUCUACCGUGGGUUGUCAAUAACCAGGGAAGCGACAGUCGUCGCGGAAUGGGAAUAAUCCUCCUCAACCUCGUUGGGCAAUGUGGGCCACUUCUCGGCACUAGGAUAUUCCCCAAGUCCCAAGAGCCGCGAUAUGUUAAAGGGCAGAGCAUCUGUGCGGGAUUCAUGUUCUUCAAUGCAUUGUUGGCCCUGUCACUGAGGACACUUUUGGUGUGGGAGAACAAGAGAUUGGACAGGAAGUAUGGAUCGCACGACGGUUCGGAGAUGCAAAGGGCGACGAGUGGCGAGGCUGGUACGAAUGUGGGAGAAGAGAACUAUGGCAGGACAUUCAGGUACAUUCUUUAG